UGUGUGUAGCACGGCGCCGUUUUGCUGUCUAAAUACUAUUUCCAUUUCUUUUACAACGAAAACAUUUUCUUUCGUCUUCUUUGAUUUUUCACCACACUCUCAUUUCUCUCUCCAUAGCUCGCUUUCACUGUUUCUGCAAAUCCAUAUUCAAAGGAUCUCAUCUCUCAUCUCAGAUAGGCGUAAGAGUGAACCACUCUCAUCUCUCUUUCUCUCCGCUAUCUGUGGACCCUUGGUUAUCGAAUUUUGAUAAUUCUAAUCAAGGAUUUUGAAAUAAUAGAUAGUAUGGAAAACCCGGAUGCAAAUCAGCUUCCUGAAGCGGAUUCAUUGCCUGAUGGAUUUGUUGAGAGCUUGCCAGAACCUCUGGCUCCACAAACUCCUACCUUAGAACAGGAGAAACCUUUACCCAGUUACAAGGAGGGUAAUGCCACAGAUUGCUCGAAUGAAUCCACAGCAAGUGAGUUUCAGAAUAGUAAGGGUAGGACAGAGAAGACACAAAAACUGAGAACUUUUCCUGUUGUAUUAUCUGAAUCAGAUAGUUUUGAUACUUCAGUUGAUGCACCAAGUAAAGACUCUAUGGAACAUACAGAAGGUACACUUGCCCCUCCACAUUCAACUCCACCAUCUUCAGAGGCUUCGGUUGGGGUAUCGGGAUGCUGUGGCAAAACGGAACAACUUCCAGAAAAAUGUCAACGUUCAGAGACACCCAGUGAAGGCGACUCAGGUGCACCAACAACCAAUGCUUCGAAAAACAGAAAACCUGAAAUUAGUGAGACCAAGCGUAAGACUGUGAAGCGCACCUCUAAAUCAGAACAAGAGUUUUUAGAGUUCACUUUGAAAUAUCAACAAGUUAUUGCUGAAAGGGAUUCAGCUGUUGCUGUUCGAGAUAAACUUGAAUCAUUAUGUAGAGAAUUACAGCGUCAAAACAAAAUUCUUAUGGAUGAAUGCAAAAGGGUGUCAACAGAGGGGCAAAAUUUGAGGCUAGACUUGUCAGCCAGGUUCCAAGAUGCUAUAAAGGAUGUGAGCAAUAAGCUAGAUGAGCAAAAAGAUGAAUACCUCUCUCAGUUGAAGGAGAAUGAGAUGUUAAGAACGAAGCUGAAACAACUAGCUGAUCAGUAUACUCUUUCAGAACAACAUCAUGAACAAAAAUUAAAGCAAAAAAGUUUGGAACUUCAGAUUUCUGAUUUGAAGAUUAAACAACAUGAAGAGAAACUAGUGCAGGAACAGUCCCGGAUAAAGGUAUAUGCUGAACAAGUGUCACAACUGCUAGCAACUGAAAAGAACUUGCGUUUACAAUUGACAGCUGAUGGAGAGAAGUUCCAACAAUUCCAGGAAGCAUUGUUAAAAAGCAAUGAGGUUUUUGAAACUUUUAAACAGGAGAUUCAGAAGAUGGCAAAAUCAAUUAAGGAACUGAAGAAGGAAAAUUCAUUCUUGAAGAGCAAGACUGAGAAAUCAGACAUUACACUUAUUGAGCUUGUUGACGAGCGUGAGCGGUUGAAGAAACAUUUAGAAAAAACUAAAAAUCAGAAAGAGAAGCUUGAAUCAUUGUGCCGGUCACUUCAGGCAGAAAGAAAACAAAAUUCUGUUGGGAGUAUCAAUUCCGAUGAUGUUCAGGCCGAAAGAAAAGAGGCUUGCACAGGGAGCAAUAUCUCUGAAUCUGUCACGGUAUGAAAAACGACAGAGUCAAGUAUGCCUUUAACCUGACAUUUUGUUUAUGAUAUGGGUUUCUGUUGUUUCGUGUUUGUAAGAAAUCAGGAACAUUGAUCAGAACAUACUCCCAAAUGUUUUUGAAGUCUUUCUUUCUAAUGUCAUUUGAGAUUAUGAGUGCUUUACGCAUGUAUAUUUUAUUAAAUCACCUUCUAUUUCUGUAAGUUUGCAAUUGCAUUAAUUGUUGACACUAAUUUGUCCGGCUUGGCGGAAUUCGGGACAAUCUUGUUUGAACGAGGCGAGGAUGAUCUUGGGUGGGCGCAGCUUAAGGGUCUUCAAUGUAAUACGGAAAUGGUGCCAUGGGCCUUCUGGUCUAGUUCUGCCUACCUUCUUUAUGGAAUGUUUUUCUUCUUCUUAUAGUUAUUACUAUUUGAAUGUUUACAACGAGGUUAAUAUGCAUUGCAGCAUUGCUAGAGAAUGAUAAUUAUUUUAAGUGUUUUUUCCUUUUUUGCAAGUAAAGUAUUAUCUUUAAUGCAAUCCCAUUAGAAGCCCUUUGUGGUCGUUUACA